GCGUCACCUUUUCGGUUCUCAAUAUAACCUUCGAAGUUGGGAAAGUAAAAUCAAACUCGUCUGAAUCCGAUCGCAUCCUCUCCUGGUUCCCUUCAGUUGCCGGAUCAUUUCAAUUCUAGCCAAUAACAACCAAUGGGGCUGCUCUCUAACAGAAUUGACAGAGGCAGCCUCAAACCAGGGGAUCAUAUUUAUUCCUGGCGUACUGCUUAUAUUUAUGCUCACCAUGGCAUCUAUGUUGGGGAUGACAAGGUAAUUCAUUUCACUAGACGUGGUCAAGAAGUAGGAACAGGGACCAUAUUGGAUUUCGUUUUGGUGAGUUCAGGACCAAGCCGAGGUCAUGUUCCAUGCACAACCUGCACUUUGACUGAAGAAAGUCAUGGAGUUGUUUCGACAUGUUUGAACUGCUUCCUUGCUGGCGGUGUUCUCUAUCGCUUCGAGUAUGCUGUUAACCCUGCUCUCUUUCUUGCAAAAGCACGCGGAGGAACUUGUACUCUUGCAGUUUCAGACCCUGAUGACAUUGUCGUCCAUCGUGCAAGCUACCUUCUUAAUAAUGGUUUUAGAUGUUAUAAUGUGUUCAAAAGUAACUGUGAAGACUUUGCUAUCUACUGCAAGACAGGAUUACUUGUCUUGGAUCAUAGUACAAUGGGGCAAAGCGGACAAGCAGUGUCCAUUAUUGGCGGUCCUCUUGCUGCUGUUUUAUCAACGCCGCUGCGUCUUGUCACUACCAAUGUAUAUGGGAUGGCAGCAACUGCUGUUGGGGUUUAUUGUGCUAGCCGCUAUGCCACUUGA